AAAACCCAAAAACAAGAUGAUACUUGGUAUAAUGUUUGUAAAAAAGUUGACUCUUGGUCUACAAAAUCGACUAACAAUGAAGAAAAAUCCUAUGAAAUUCCCACACUAUCAGUCGAUUUUGAAAGCCAAUUCUCUGUUCUUAAAUUGAAAUUUUUUACAAGAUACGAAAAAUAUAUUGACGAUGUGAAGAGAAAAGACUCUGAGAAAUAUGAAAAAUUUAAGAUGUAUUUCUCAUUUUUAGAUACACAUAUUCAUAGUUACCAUAAUCUUUUUCACGAUGCGAUAUGGUAUUAUAGUAAAGGAAGUAAAUUUAACUUAUUGCUCUGGAGAAGAAAGCAAUAUGAAGAGGAUUUUGAGUACACGAUAGAA